CACUUACCAGCUUUUCUAGUAUUUAGGCAGGCGCUUGGUAGUUAUUCACUUCUCAAGGUACUCUUUCUAAAGAAAGUACUUGUACCGCAUUAAAAGUGUUAAUGUGUUGUAAAAUCUGCACCCAGUCUACAGACUGGUCUUAUCCUGAAUAGCUGUUGCUUUUUGCUAGCUUUUUGCUAGCUUUUGGCUGUUUCAGAGAGCUAAGUAUCAAAAUGAGAGGUUCUGCUAUUUCUCCGGGUGUACUUUUGCUAUAAAGAAGUUUUGACUCUUCAGAGAUGAUCUAUAAUAGAUCACAAUAAUAUAAUCGAAAGUAGAAGUUUGUCUUAAUAUCUAAGGUAGAUUAGCGUUAUCUGUACGAGUAUAUAGUCAAACGCCCUAUAAUCUGUACGUCUGUAAACAUCCUUGGUCUGUAAAACAACUACAUUAGUUUUUUAAAAUUGCGCUAAACAUUUCUUAUUUGGUUUACCAUGUGAUACAAGUUUUUAAACAAAAAACACUUGAUAUUAACCCUUAUACAAUGACGCCAAAAUACUGAUAUCACUUUGGUCGAGCUUCUUCAAUUUGUGAUGUGAAGUGCUGUUGCGGUACCAGGAAAACAAAUUUCUUAAGGCGUUAUAUCCACUUGUAUGUUAUAAAAACCACAUUUUUCUUAAAAAAUUUUUAAAAUGUAUCGAAGGAGGUCGUGUGAAAAAUUCAAAUCGUUCGGUUUUGAAGAACGGGCCUCACGGACUCUGAGAACAGUGCUUCGUGAAAAACUCGUUUAAAGUUUUGGGAGUCGAUUACAUUACAUUUUGGAAAGUAUUAGACUGUUCGAUUUCAAAUUUUCGGAGAAUCUUCUCAAAUAAAAAUACAUCCGAUAUAUAUUGGAUAUAUAUACAGUGGCGGACAAAAGUCUACAUACACCUCCUAUUUCCAUUGAUAUGAGAGUACAAAAAGUUUUUAGAAAAAUGUAUUAAUACAGUUUUAUUCUAAUAUUUAUUAUAAUAACAAUUAACUAAAAAAAUUCAUUAUUUAACAUAAAACAACAAAUUUAUGGAAGAAAAACUCAAAAAUUGCUUUGACAAAAGUCUACAUACAGUUCAAAUCUCAUACUUUGUACAUUGUAAUAUUAACAGUAAGGUAACGUUAGCCUUUUUCUUUUAUUUCAAUAUGUUUAUUGUUUGAUAUUUAUUGAAUUUAGUUGUGGUUUAAACAUUCCAAUAGCUAUAAUAACUCCGCGAAAUGAAAUAUCAAUUGAUGUAAAAAAUUUGGUGAUAAAAGAAAGAAAAGAAAAAAAAUCAUGUGGUGAAAUUUCUAAAAUUUUAAACUUGAGUCGAGCAACAGUACAGACAAUUCUAAAAAACUUUAAAAAUAAUGGUUCCAACGAAAAUAAACCGCGCAGUGGACGCCCAAAAAAACAAUCUCGUAGAGACGUCAGCCUGAUUCUCAACGAAGUAGACCAAAAUCCAAAAGUAAAUGCUCCAAAUAUAGCCGAACGCAUAGUAAGUGCGUCACGAAUGAGUAUCCAACCAAGAACAAUAAAAAAAAACUCUAAACGAUAACGGAUUCCACAGUAGUACACCACGGAAGAAACCGUUUAUUUCUGAAAAAAUCGGAAACUUCGUUUAAAGUUCGCCAAAAAACACAAAGAAAAGGAAAUGGAUUUUUGGAAAAAAGUUUCAUUUACAGAUGAUUCUAAAUUCACCCUUUUUGGUAGUGAAGAAAGGGCUAAAAUUUGAAGGAAAACUAACGCCACGCUUGAACCGAAGAACGUAGUAUCAAUUGUGAAGCUCGGUGGCGGCAGCGUAAUGGUUUGGGGAGCUGUUGCGGCCUCUGGAGUUAGAAAUUCGGACUUUAUUGAAGGUGAAAUGGACGGUUAUAAGUAGAAGUCUCUGUUGGAACAUAAUUUGAAGCCUUUGGUGGAUAAUUUAGAACUCGGUUCCAGUCGGAUAUUUCAACAAGAUAACGAUCCGAUGCAUGCGGCGCAAAUUGUUAAGGACUGGUUGCUUUAUUAUACUCCAAGGCAAUUAAAUACACCACUUCAAAGUCUAAAUAUGAAUAUUAUUGAACAUGUCUAGGAGAUUUUGGAGCGUAGAAUUAGAAAGCACCAAGUUUCUAGCUCUGCUAUACUCUAAGAGCGCAUAUUGGGACCUUGGAACAGCAUUACAUCUGCAGCGUUGACAAAUUUAGCAGAAUCAAUGCCACGGUGUCUUCAAGCAGUUAUAGAUGCCAAUGGGGACCCAACUAAAUACUAAAACGUCUUAAUAACUAGCAUUUUGUAAAGUUUUUCGCACUGAACUAAGCUAUUUUUGUACUGUAUGUAGACUUUUGUCAACACAAUAUUUGAGUUUUUAUUCCAUAAAUUUGUAGUUUUAUAUUAAUUAACGGAUUUUUUAAGUUUGUUGUUAUUAGAAAGAAGAUUAGAAUAAAACUGUAUCAACACAUUUUUCUAAAAAGUUUUUGCACUCUCACAUCGAAGAAAACAGGGGGUGUAUGUAGACUUUUGUCCGCCACUGUAUAUACGAGUAUUUUUUAUUGGAAUACGCUAUUGGAUCUAAGUAAUUGCUUUUAUCAGUUAUCUACCACUGCUCGAAGGCUUCUGAUUUGUUAGACCCGACUGCUUUUGAUGCAUGUAAUGAGCCGAACACACGAUUUAUCGAACAUUAGUCACGCACACAAAUUACUCGGUUAGUGACCGUCGCCAAAUUAAAUAUCACUUUGCAUAGGUCAAAAACGAAGAAUAACUCAUUACCUAAGUGUUUAAUUACAUCAACGACGACGUUCCGUCGGCCGUCCCACAUUGUAAAUGAGUAUCCUCGUGGUAAUGUCAUAUGUCUGCAGCACAUUUGCCCACACAACCAGCCUAUUAAUCUGUGUAUUUAUACGACUGCCUUCGAUAAAUUAGUUAAUUUGAUUAAGAACAUUCGUCACGCAAGCAAAACUUUCGGAGUUAAAUGGCAAAUACUCAAGAAACCAAAAAAAUUGUGAAAACUUAUUGCAGAGGCAAUGUGAAGAAGUUUCUUAAGGAGACCACAUUGCAUGGCUUGAAAUAUCUGGCUGAUGAUAGCAUCACCAUUUGGGAGAAGUCCUUCUUUUUGUGCGCCUUUCUUGCGGCCAUCAUAGUAACGGCCAAUCUAAUUGCGAAUGUGUAUGCCAAAUGGAUUAGCACACCCGUAAUUAUUGGCAUAAGUCCACAUCCCACGUCCAUAUUGAGUACACCAUUUCCAGCUAUAACUGUUUGUAAUAUGAAUCAGGUGAUGGCGAGUCGUGUGGCGAAUUAUACAACUGAUUCCAGCGAGGGUGUCUUGUUAAAACUACUAUGCAAUAUGGGAUCAAUAAUAGAUGAAGAAUUAAUGGAGUCACCAAAUUUUAAGUCUAACAAUUUGACAUUUUCAACAUUUUUACAUGAGCACGCACAACCAUGCUCCCGUAUGCUACUCUCUUGUUCGAUUGGUUCCUCUGUACAAAACUGUUCAGAUCUAUUUCAUGAAAUUAUGACCGACGAGGGUCUUUGCUGCGUUUUCAACGUUUUACAUCCUGAUUUUCUAUUCAAGGGCAACACCAACAAAAUAAUUAGCGACUAUGAACGUGCCGAUAAUGUUAUACCAAUCGAUUGGAAUCCGGAAAGUGGUUAUCCCAAAAUUUUACCAAAAAAUUACUAUCCACGUGCAGCAUCUGGAACGGGUGUCUCAAUGGGUCUAACGCUGAUAUUAGAUGCCGAAAUAGAUAAUUAUUAUUGCUCAACAACCAAUGGACCUGGUUUUAAGAUCGGCAUGCACAAUGCAAUCGAAGCGACCACAAUCAGAGAGACCGCGCUCAUUUUGCCUUUAGGUUUCGAGACUCGUUUGCGUAUCGAUGUUAUUAGUACCGAAGCCACCGCCACCGUACGCAAUUUACGCAGUAAUGAUCGCCAGUGCCUUUUUAAUGGCGAGGAGAAUUUACUCUAUUUCGCACAUUAUUCGCGACGCAAUUGCGAGAGUGAAUGCCAAGUGAAAUAUAUCUAUGAACAAUGCAAGUGUGUACCGUUCAAUUUACCGUUGCUUUUUGAAAAUGCAACUAUAUGCAAUGUGCAACAAACAAAUUGCACCAGCUUAGCCGAAAAUAAGUGGAUGAAGGGUGACGGUGGCAGUAGUUGUCGUAAGUGCUGUUUACCCGCUUGCUUUGAUUUGAGCUAUAAAGCCGAUGCUACUUCGACACCUUUACGUGCUUACAACUAUCUGACCCCACCAAGUAUACUAAAGAAUAUGUCAAUGGAAUAUAUUAACAAGAAUGUUGCGGUGGUGCAUUUCUUCUAUCGCGAAUCUGUAUUCCAUGGUGAUCUGAAAAAUGUCUAUGUCGGCUUUACAGAGUUUCUAUCUAAUACUGGCGGCAUUAUGGGCUUGUUUAUGGGAUUUAGUUUCAUAUCUGUUGCCGAAGUAAUUUAUUUUGCUUUCAUGCGUCCCAUAUUCGAGUUGAUUUUGCCGUUGAGAAGGAAAAGAAUGAUCCAACGCAGAGCUAACUCAAUGUUGGGUUUGAGACCGCAUUUUCAACCGUAUCAUCGAUUUCUGAGAGCUAACUAAAUGACGGUGAGAACAGUGUGACUCUUAUUCGAUUACAUGAAUGCCUAUGCAGUUGAUGGGUUCGCCAUAAUAUUAGAAUAAAAUAAAAUAAAAAUAAAUUAUAUUUCACGAAUAAAGUUGAAAAUCCAAGCUCCUCAUUUGCUCAGUUGUUUUAGAAUUGUGAUUAUUUUUUAUGCUGAUUGU